AGACGUAAGAUUAGGAUCGAGUUUAUUGAAGAUGAUAGCAGAAGGCAUAUCACGUUCAGUAAACGUAAAGCAGGUAUCAUGAAAAAGGCAUACGAAUUGGCUACACUCACAGGAACACAAGUCCUACUCUUGAUCGUUUCACAAACGGGUCUCGUUUACACCUUCACAACACCAAAGCUUUCGCCCGUCGUGCAACAGCCAGCAGGCAGAGAAUUGAUCCAAUCAUGUCUGAAUGCUCCUGAA